UGUUUCCACUUUCUAUGUUCAACUUCAACUCGGCUGGUUGCUUGAGUCAUAGAAGAAAGUUUUGUACAAAAUCAAUAUUUUAAUAAUGUGUCCGCCAUUGUGUACCUAUCUAAAAUUAUAUGACUGAAACGAACAAACUAAAGAUAGACAAUGCAUCGCUCGUAUGGUGUUAAGAACACAUAACAAAUACUUUUGUAAAAAUGAAAAUGUUUUAUAAAAUAAUUAUAGUUGUGCUUGUGUCUGUGCAGUCAGUGUAUCUUUAUUGUGGUCCAUACAAUGGACAAAUUUGCAAGCAUUAUUCUACUGGUUAUGUCUGGUACAACCACACUGGUGGUCUCGAAAACGAAAAAAUCACGACAGGGCUAUGGAAAGAGAUGAUCUCUACUCUCAAAGAGCCUUGUAGAAGUAGUGCGGAAAAACUUCUUUGCGCUUAUGCCUUUCCUAAGUGUAUCAAUAAAGAUGGAGUUGGUUAUUUUGCUUUACCCCUGUGUUACGAAGAAUGUAUGGCUGUGAAAAUGCAAUUUUGUUACAACGACUGGAUCGUUAUUGAGGAACAAAAACGACGAGGAGUUUUUUUCGAAUCGAGAGGUCACUUCAGAUUUCCUGAAUGUGAAGAACUUCCUAAAUUUUCUGGUAAAGGAUCUCAGGUCACCUGCCAUAACACGGGAAUCAUAGAAAUGGACUACAGUUUAGUUACCAGAAAUUGUUAUCAUGGCAAUGGUCGUUUUUAUCAAGGCACAAUGAAUGUGACAGAAACGGGACUUGCUUGUCAAACAUGGAAAUCCCAGUAUCCACAUCAACAUACUAGACCACCUUUAAUAUUCCCAGAAGUUCAAAACGCUACAAAUUAUUGUAGAAAUGCUGGAGGAGAAGAACGCAAACCAUGGUGUUAUACAAUGGAUCCUAACGUAAGAUGGGAGUAUUGUGAUGUGCCAAUUUGUGCCAAUUCAACAGAUCAAAUUGACAAUAUUAAUGGACCAAUAAUAAUGGAGAACUAUUUUACACCUACUUUUGUAUUAUUACUAUCAAUAGGUGGACUUGGCUGUAUUUUAGGCAUAGCAUCAAUAGCCCUCCUAUGUCAUUAUUUUUUGAAAAAUCAUUAUUCCAAAUGUAAUAUUUCUAAUAGGAGAAAUGCACAAAAUAUGGACAUUGACUUAGAUAAGUUGCCAAGUAAUUUAGCUUAUCACACAACUGGAGCCCAGUUAAAUCCAAAAUUAGAGAAAUUAGAAUUUCCCAGAAACAAUAUUAUUUACAUCCGUGAUCUUGGUCAAGGAGCAUUUGGAAGAGUGUUUCAAGCAAAGGCCCCUGGUUUAGUUCCAGAAGAAGAAUUCACAUUAGUAGCUGUAAAAAUGUUGAAAGAUGAGGCUUCCCAUGAUCUGCAACUUGAUUUUGAAAGGGAAGCCUGUUUGCUGGCAGACUUUGAUCACCCAAAUAUUGUUAAGUUAUUGGGUGUAUGCGCAGUGGGAAGACCAAUGUGCUUAUUAUUUGAAUAUAUGGGAAAAGGUGAUCUAAAUGAGUAUCUGCGAGCAUGUAGUACAGCUACAAACUAUCCUCCUGCUGUGGAAAAUAGGGAAGAUUUAAGGCUCUUAGUGGCUCCACUUAGCCAUUUAGACCUACUGCAUGUUGCAAGACAGAUUGCUUCCGGCAUGGUAUAUUUAUCAGAUAGGAAAUUUGUGCAUCGUGACUUAGCUACAAGGAAUUGCCUUAUAAAUGAUGAUAUGGUUGUAAAAAUAGCUGAUUUUGGAUUAUCUCAUAAGAUAUAUCUACAAGAUUAUUAUAAAGGUGAUGAACAUGAUGCUAUUCCUGUGCGGUGGAUGCCGUUAGAAAGUAUAUUAUAUAAUAAGUAUACUCUUGAAUCUGAUGUAUGGGCAUAUGGUGUAUGCUUAUGGGAGAUAUUUUCUUUUGCUUUACAGCCAUACUUUGGUAUGACCCAUGAAGAAGUAGUUAGAUUUUUGAAGGAUGGAAAUGUUCUUGCCUGUCCAGAUAAUACACCCCGGUGUGUUUAUGAUUUAAUGAAACAAUGCUGGAACCAUAGCCCCAGUGAUCGCCCUAACUUCAGAAUUAUCUAUCAAACUUUGGACAAUAUACAAAUGAUAUUAGAAAGAACUCAAUCUGAAUAAUUUUGUGCUUGUUCAAUAACAAAUAUGAAUUUCUUUCAAAUUUUGUAAAUACAUAAUAUAUAAAACAUUCGAUUCUUGUCACCAUUGUACAUAACAGUUUAUGCAAUUAAGCAAUUCAUGUGUGCUAUUUAUUGUGUGCAUUUGUUUUUAUUUCUAAUAUGGGAUUUUUAAUAUAAGUAAUAAUUAAUGUUGUAUAAGUUAAAGGAAUACGAAUUUGUUUUAGUUAUGCACAAUUGCACAAUAUCUAAUUUGUUGCUCAAAUCCAUGUUAUUACAUUGAAAUACUGCUUUUAAAUCGAAUAAGACUGAUUUAAUUUAAUUUAUUUUUAAACUAUUAUACUCAAAAGUAUGUUAUUGGUUUUAGUUUUAAUUCCUUGUCUAUUGUUUUAUGUAGUGAUAAAGUGUCUAAAUGGUCCUCAUUCAUCCAAAAGUUUAAAAAUUGUGUAAUGUUUUUAGUUCAUGGCCAAAAUCGAAAUUAA